AUGAGUCGACAGCACUCCGGACCUCUGGCCGAGGACAGCUUGCCGCAGGAGGACAGCUGGCCCAGCCAGUCCGUCAACCCCUUCUACCACGAGGACGACGUGCAGCUGGAUGCCCUGGGCGUCAUCAACGCCCUGGAGCGCACCUGCGCGCUGGAGAGCGCCCUGCGGCAGGCCAUCCAGGACACCCACCCCCUGAGCACUACGCUCGACUGGGACUUCCGUGCCGCAGACAGGGAGAGGAAGGCACUGCUGGCCAUCACAGAGCACCUGGAGUUCCUGGAGGACAAGCUCCGGGAGUUCAGGUUCAUGACAGCCUCUGACGAGGAGAACCGGGCUGUCAUCCUUGCGCAACUGGAUGGGGUCCGGAAGGAGCUGGAGGAGGUGGUCCAGCAGCAAGGGCCCUUUGUCGUCUUUGGAAAGGCAUGCAGGGGUGUAGGGGAGGAUGUCGUGCGAGAGGUGCUGGCCUUCGCCUGCAUGGCGGAGGAGGCCGGCGAGCCCGAGGGCGGGCCGGCUUCGGCUGCGCCAGUGCACAAGCAGGCGGCGUCGCCUGCAGGGCUGGUGUCUCCUGUGUCGGGGGCGAGGAGCCCUGCCAGGGAGAGGCGGUCAUUGACCGCCAUGCUCUCCCCAGGAAAGACCAGGUGCACAGGGGUUGCGUGGCGCGUUUGA